UUCCAACUUUUCCUGUGUAUGUGGUACUGAAAUUGAACCCAGAGCUUCAUGCAUGUUAGGCAAGCAUUCUACCAUUAAGCCACAUUCCCAGCCCCCACUGUCAACAGUCUUACUGCUGAUGUUCAAACACCUCUCCCCAUUCUUGUUUUGCUUUGACAAUGAAGGAAACAUUUCUGUGAAUGUCUCCUCUUGGCUGUUUGAGGGCUUUCUGUGAGGAACUUCAGUCUUCUACCAGUCUUACUUAGAUAGUCUAGAAAUUUUAUUGUAUCAUCUUACAGUAAGGUUUUAGCAGCAAUACCCCACCCUUGGAUAUUUCUUGUUAUUAAAAAAAAAUCACUUAAUAUCUGAUGUGGUUUUCACAAGAUUUUUGCUGCUUAUCUAUCACAAUUUUUUUGGUGGUACGGGGUUUGCACUUAAGCCUUUGCUUGCUAAGUAAGGACUCUACCACUUGGAGCCAUGCUCUCAAGCCACUUUUGCGUAUUUUCCAGCUAGAGAUUUACCCAAGGGCCAUCCUCAGACCUCAGUCUUUCUAUCAUCUCUUCCUCUGUAGCUGGGAUAAUUGGCAUUGCUUGUUGGACAAGUUUAUUUAGAAGCGUGUUUUGAUGUUAUGGCUGAUGAACAGAAUCCCCAGAGGCCAACUGAUGGUUCAGAACAACUCUUCUCCUUUGGCGUUAUAGCAGAUAUCCAGUAUGCGGAUUUAGAAGAUGGAUACAAUUUCCAUAGAAGCAGGCGGAGGUAUUAUAGACAUAGUCUUCUUCACUUACAGGGUGCCAUUGAAGACUGGAAUAAAGAAAGCAAGACCCUUUGCUGUGUCCUCCAGCUUGGAGAUAUCAUUGAUGGCUAUAAUGCAAAAUAUAAAGCAUCAGAAAAGUCUCUGGAACUUGUCAUGGACACAUUCAAAAUGCUCAAAGUUCCAGUUCAUCACACAUGGGGGAACCAUGAAUUCUAUAACUUCAGUAGAGACUACUUAGCGAACUCUAAACUUAACACAAAGUUUCUAGAAGACCAGAUUGUACAUCAUCCUGAGACCAUCCCUUCAGAGGAUUAUUAUGCGUAUCAUUUUGUACCAUUCCCUAAAUUCCGGUUCAUUUUACUUGAUAGUUAUGACUUGAGUGUCUUGGGCAUUGAUCCAUCUUCUCCAAAAUACCAGCAGAGUAUGAAGAUACUGAGGGAGCACAAUCCCAAUGAGGAGUUGAAUAGUCCUCAAGGACUUUCUGAACCCCAGUUUGUCCAGUAUAAUGGAGGAUUCAGCCAAGAACAGCUCCACUGGUUGAAUGAAGUUCUUACAUUCUCUGACACAAACCAAGAAAAAGUGGUGAUUGUGAGCCAUGUUCCCAUUUACCCGGAGGCCUCUGACAGUGUGUGCCUUGCCUGGAACUACACAGAUGCUCUGGCGGUCAUUUGGUCUCACAAGUGUGUGGUUUGUUUCUUUGCUGGCCACACACACGAUGGCGGCUACUCAGAGGAUCCUUUUGGUGUACAUCAUGUCAACCUGGAAGGAGUUAUUGAAACAGCUCCAGACAGCCAGGCUUUUGGCACUGUGCAUGUCUAUCCUGACAAAAUGAUGCUGAAAGGAAGAGGCAGAAUUCCAGACAGAAUUAUAAGUUACAAGAAGGAAGAAGCUUCCCAUUCAUAAUCUGAUCUAUCCUAUUUGACUUUGUGAAAUCAAUGACUGCUGCAUGUUUAUCCUUACCACACCAAAAGGGAAAUGGAAAUAAACAUUCUCAAUCCCA